CUUAAGGAAAAUCUUGAACGCGAACAGCACAGGAAUGACCGCCUAAUGGAACUAUUCAAUCGAGCCAGUCGGGAGUAUCGUGAUGCUGUCUGUGCCCUGUUUGGCUAUAAGCUGGAUGUGAAAACAACUGGUCUUUACAAAUUAAGACCCACAAUCGGCGACAAUUUAGAAGACUUUCUCCUUUUUAAGGUACCUUCAAGACGUUUCGCGCAAAGCAACUUUGGAACACAUUACGUAUUCCUACAUCCAUAA